AUGACCGCGCAGGUCUCGUUCCUGGAAGGCACCUUAAGCCUGAUCCACAUCCCUCUCGACCUCUACCCCAGCCUCCUCCAGCCUAUCCUCAAGGUCCUCCUCCCACCCAGCCAGGAUCCCAGCCAGAGCACGGUGGAUAUUCUAACCGUUGAGGGUCACGGUCAUGGCUUCCUCAACAUCAGCGUCACGCCAAUUGAGUGUUCCAUCGUGUGCAACUCAGCUUGGGCGAAAUCUGUCUUCGAGCCUGCCAUCAAGCGCUUGCCCGAGAGCCAGGCCAAGGCGGUUGCCAUCUCCAAGGACACGUACAUGGCGCUGAGCGUGUACGGGUCGGGCAUGGACGCGGGGUCGCGGGUUGCAGACCUGACGUCGCCGCUGGCCCUGGCCAAUAUCUCCAUCUUCUUCAUCACGACAUAUUACUCCGACUUCAUCCUCGUGCCAACCAAGGACCGGCAGUCCGUCGUCGAGACCCUCCUCGCGCGAGAAUUUGUCUUCUCCGACGACGACGGCCAAGGCUCUCCCACAACAGCAACAGCAACAGCAACCCGCCACCAGCAGCCCGGCACCCACACCCGCACACCAUCCACCCAGCAAACCAGCGACCCCGCCACCGUCUCGGCCCUCCAGCAACGCACCUUCGCCCUCCUCCAGAAGCGGCACAUCACCCCACACAUCGAGCCGGGCCUGACCCUCGUCCAAUGCAGCGGCAUCCGCGGCGCCGUCACCCCCUCCCACCAACCCACCUCCUCCCUCUCCCGCGGCACCCGCGCCCCGCAACCCCCGCAACUCCGCACCACUACCAACGGCGGCGGCCGAACCUCCUCCGCCACCGGUCCUACGGCCAAAGGGCCCGCCUGGGUCGACACAAUCGACACCAAGCUCUACACCAGCACCGUCGCCGCGCUCGCCGCCUCCCCGCGCUUCCUCAGCAUCACUCUCACGCCCGACGACCCCCCCGCACUGCUAAUCGACCGGGCAUUGCUAGGGCUG